GAUUUACCGACAGUAUUCAGUACCUAACCUCAAAUUAAAUAGUAAAGUUAGGUUAGGAGAAUAGUUUAUUUUUCCUAAAUUUAAAAAUGAGUUUUGUUAAAGUAAUUACUUCAAAACUAUCCAUUGCACGUAUCGCAGCACCUAAAACAAUACUUACGUCGUGCUACUGCACCGAUGUCGAACACCAAAUUCAGAUACCAAAUAGAAUACACAGAGGACCAACAGAUAUUUUGCAGGCUUUGGAGAGCACAGUACAACGGGAUUACACAGCAGCCCACUACAAGUAUCACGACGAUCCCUAUCUCACGCCAAUGUCCAAUUUAGGUAAACGAACAUUCGCAAUGGCUCAAGAAGCAGGCCGUAAAGCUGCCCAUUGGGUUCGUAAGGAAAACGCGGACUUAUUUCAGCAUAGGGAAGCCGAACCGAUGAUUAAGGCGUUCGUUCCCCCUAAGAUUUACACUGAAAACUCGGAUGUUUGCGAAGAGGAUUUAAUUAACGCAAUUAAAGAUGUGCAAGUAGCAGAUUCGACUUUAAUAUAUAAACUUUUAAAAAACAAAAAUGUGGAUAUUUCACAUGGUACGUUACAGCAAUUACUCGAACUGAUAUGCUUCUAUAAUUGCGAGGAACCUCUUGGCGAAGAAUUCAUUGAAGAGCGUUGGUUCAAGCAAUCCGCUCGAGGAAAAGAGAGACAAAGGAAAACCUGGAAAGAUGGUAGUUUCGCCGAAGAAGUUUUCAUAAGCUUUGAGAAUCCCGGUGCGGAGGCAUACUCUGCUAUCAUACAGGGUAUGGCAAAAUACGGGCAAAUUGAUCGAUCCGCUCAAUUAUUCGAAGAGGCACAGAACAAAGGGCUCGUUCUAUCAGCUGAUACAUUUAAUGCCAUCAUUUCUGUUUCCGAUUUUCUCAAAGAAGGUUAUGACCACAGGUGGAAGUUUAUACUCGAGACGCUUUCCUUGAUGUCGAUGGCGAAAGUGAAACCGAAUCUGGGAACACUGAACAGUGUUCUUAAAAUACUAAGUACGAUGGGUACCGGGAAGGUUGUGAAACAACACGUGUUAAGGACUUUGUCGGAAUUUAGAGCGUUAGGAAUCGAACCUUCCUUGGCCUCUUGGUAUUAUGUGUUGAUAUCGUUUUGUAAAGAACGUGGCCCAGUGAGCCCGAUUUUAAGAAACAUAAUGGCGGAAUUAAAUGGUAAGGAAUUCAAAAUUCGUGAUAGCAGAGACACAUUCUUUUUUGUCACUGCCAUGGAUGUUUGUCAUCAUCAUCUUUGCGACAAGGAAUUAGCCAAACAAGUUGAUAAUUUAUUGCAUCUACACAACAAUUAUGACCUUAUUGGAGAUUCAUAUAAAGAAUCAAUUUAUUAUCGUCAUUAUAUAACACUGCUAUGCAAAACUGAGCCCUUAGAAGAUUUCAUGGAAAAUGUAUACCAAAAGCUUGUCCCCAAUAUCUACGUACCAGAACCAAGCGUUAUGUUGGACAUACUGAAAUAUGUCGAAGCAAAUGAUGCGAUUAAUUACUUGCCAAGAUUGUGGUCGGACAUAGUAAUCUUCGAUCACGCGAAUCGUGAAAAUAUCUUAACCUUAAUCUUGAACAUAAUGAUCAAUAAUGGUAAUAGAGAAGCUCAAAUAGUAGAGAAAUUGUCGAACGUUGCGUGGGAUAUUUGGAGCAAGGUCGAGUAUCAACAGGAACACAGAACGAAAGUGUUAAGCUUUACCGGAGACAUGCUAGGUAAAAUUAUGACUUUAACGUUGAGAAAUAACGAUUUCGAAAAGGCAUCCAAAGUUAUGGACAAAUUAGAAAACAAUCAACAAAGUGUCUUGGGAGUUCCUCAGUUUGAGACAUUGAAACUGUAUGUGGAUCACUGCAUUCAACAGAAACGACCUUCAAGUGGAAUUGACUGUCUUCAAUAUGCGGUUGAUAGUGGAUUUGAGCAAGCAUCGGAAUUAGCAGCCUCUUUAAUUAAGCACCUAACACUGGAUGAAACACACCUACAGAGAAUUUCAAGUCUAGUUGGGCAGGCUGUUUUGACAGAAAAUUCGGUCACCGAAGUAUAGUACCUAGUUUAUGUAUAAUAGUUGAAAUUACUAAUCCUUUUUAUAAAAAAUUAUAGAUC